UGUCCGUUCCCCUCGUCCUGCUCGUGGCGACCGUUAACCAUUGUCUUCUCGCACGCCUGGCAAGACCCUAGGAAGGUGCUAGUUCUUCUAGAAGGUCUCUGACAGAAUCUGUCGCCAUAAUUAACCAUGUUGGCCGUCUCGCGUACGAGAGCGCUUGAGGCGUUGCGCGUACAACCUUUCCUUGUCCCCUCUCUCGCGCGUGCCCAGCAAGUUGCAUCAAUUAGCACCUCCUCUACCAAAUCUGCCAGCGCUGUGCAGCGCCAUGACGGAGCCUCUACCCAGCUCACUGCCUCUGGCAAGGUCCGCAGAGAGGUCCCUCUGCCCAGCCAGGAGAAGAAGGAGGGUGCGAUGCAAUUCGCCUUGACGACCCUCGAUCAAAUUGCAAACUGGGCCCGUCAGAGCUCUCUCUGGCCGAUGACAUUCGGUCUGGCUUGCUGCGCCGUAGAGAUGAUGCAUCUCUCUACUCCUCGAUACGAUCAGGAUCGCUUGGGUAUCAUUUUCAGAGCUUCUCCUCGUCAGUCAGAUGUUAUGAUCGUCGCCGGUACAUUGACGAACAAGAUGGCUCCCGCGCUACGACAAGUCUACGAUCAGAUGCCGGAUCCGCGUUGGGUGGUUAGUAUGGGCAGUUGCGCCAAUGGUGGAGGUUACUAUCAUUACAGUUAUUCUGUCACCCGUGGCUGUGACCGGAUAGUACCGGUCGAUAUUUAUGUGCCUGGGUGCCCGCCCACUUCGGAGGCUCUCAUGUACGGAAUUUUCCAGCUUCAGAAGAAGAUGAGACAUACAAGGAUCACACGGAUGUGGUACAGGAAGUAAUUGUCUUGGCUAGGAACAGGUGCUUUAACCAAGAAUAACGGAUCGAGCCAGUGUGUGAUCAUCUUGUCGUUUCUCUUGUGUCCCAUGAUUAGAUCUUUUGUCCAUGCGACGGGGGAGUCUUAUUCAGCAUGGGUUGUCUCGGCCUAGUGGGCUAUCUUAAAGUGUUCCUUUUGUAUUUUUUGCCUAUAGUUGUUCAAUAUAUGAGAGUCGUCCGGUUCGCCUCAAAAGUAGGCGUCUCUGGAAAAGUGUAAUACUAAAGUGCACAAGACUGAGGUGGCUUUCUUUACUAAAUAAAGCUGUAUGAAUUACGAGAUUC